GAGCAGUUCAUGUUAGACCUGCAAAGUAAAACCAUCGUUUGUGGUCCCAUCAAUUGUUCAAUCAAGUGAUUAUUAAUAUUAUAAAUAAUUUAGAAGGAUUUCAUAGUAUUUUAUAGCUUGUGUUUUGUUAAUAGCAAAUUUAUACUUAGAAAAGAAAAAAACCUCAAGAAAAAUAUUUAGAAAAUAGUUUAAAGAUAUUUUACAUAAAAAUUUGUUGAUAAAUACGUAAAAAGUUUGUGCAAUUCUUCAUAAUUGCUCACGUUUUUGUUUAUUAAAUAAAAUUCUGCAUUUCGUGUUUGUGUAUAGCAAGAAAGAUAUAACAGAAGAUCAAAAAAAGAUCUCUAACCACAGGAAAACAGAAAAUCAAGCGAAGAUUGAUUUCGAAGGAUUAGAAUUCCUACACAAAAUAUAGUUCGAUAAACAAUACAGUUUGCUUCGUCAAGUGGUGGAAGUGAAAUCAUCUGACAACAUUUAUAAACACGACCAUUGUUAAUCAGAGACCGGAAAAAUCGCAUGAUAUUUGUGCGAAAAUCAGUUUAAAGUGAUUAAGUAGAUGAAAAGAGGUUUUUCUCAAUGAUGCAGAAAGAUUUUCCUCAGAUUUAAAAGGCAUUUUUCAACCGAAAGAUGUUAGUUAACUAAAGUGUAUUGUCAUCGUAAAUUGUUCGAGUGAAAAAGUGAAAAGUUCAACAAACUCAUUUGCAUCAUUGAGAGCAAAAGCACUUACUUGAACGGUGGCAUAGUGCUUAAGAAAAAUGUCGAAUUAAAUUAAGUGUGCAAAGACGAUUUUGAAAUUAAUAACACUUGAAAGUGAUGCUUGUUGAAUAAGAUAAUUUUUCAAAGAAAGAAGCCGAAAACCCUUUUAAAUUUCAUAAUUCGAUAUCAUGGGGUGGAAAAAGGAGCGUCGACCCAAACAAUCGAUCUCAAGUGUGACGUCGAUAUCCUUUCUCACGAAUCCGAAUCUCACAUUUCAUCGUUUUUCUGAUGGGACGAUUUCAAAUGAUGGCAAGAAAAUGACACGUGAAGGAUCUGUUGAUGGAGCUUUGUGGACAACAAAUGCCAGUAUGGACUACGGUAAAGCAAACUUAAGCAUACCGAUAAACGAAAAUGAAAAAUCAACAACGAAUAUUCUGUCGACAACGUACGAAACACCAGAAGACGAUGCAACGAGCAAAAGAUAUUCAGUUUAUUCAUCAAAUUGUAAUAACUCAACUGUUGGAACGCUCCCUCAUACGACACAUAACGGAUCUACCAUGAAACUUAUACAAGUCCAGAAGGAUGAUUCAAGUGACAGCAAACAGUCACGAUGUUCGAUAUUUCGAGGAACAAUCUUGUGCUUGUGUAUGAAUCUGACCUAUGCCAACAUUGUUCGAUUUCCAAGAGAGCUUGAGCGACAUGGGUUCGCUUUUCUGGUGCCAUAUCUGACAUUGAUGUUCAUAAUUGGUGUGCCAGUAGUUUUACUUGAGAUGGCUUUGGGUCAAUUUCUAGGCCAAGGAUCAGCGCACAGUUGGAAGGCUUCACCUUUCUUCAAAGGAGCGUCAAUGUUAGGACGUUUUGCUUCAUGGCUGGGAACAAUAUGGAUAUCAAUGCAAAUGUCACUCGCCUUGCUCUACAUUGGACAAAUGUCAUUCAGUUCCGUUCCGUUUAAGCAAUGUCCAUCGAAAGUCUACCAGAAUCUCAAAGAAAAUAAAUACGAAGAACUUCCAACGACUGGGCAAUUGUGUUUGGAGAAAACAUUUCUUCGACCUGUCUGGGAAUAUUCUUUAAGCUUUGGGUUAUUGGCGAUUGGCUUAGUGUUGCUUUGGGUGAUCAUCAUGAUGUGUACUCACAGUAGUCGAAUCAAUCGACGAUCACUUCUAAUGUUUGGAUUUGUAACGAUGGGAGUUUUGAUCUUUCAAACAGGGUGGCACGUGACAAACACUAUUCAAAGUGGACUCUUACCAAAAAUCUGGCCAUUUAGAUCUGAUAUGUUAAUUCAGAGCUCAACAUGGUUCUACGCGUUAAUCCAAGUCAUGUUUUCUACGCAGAUUGGUGUAGGCGCUAUACCAGUCAUGACUGGAAAGUUUCUUUACAAAGGCGACGCCAUAAGAACAUGCGCCGUUUACAUGUGCUUUAACUUUCUUGUAACAAUCGUAGCGACAGCUUAUUACAUGACAACAUUUGGACAACAUAACAGUUCAUCACAUCAUAAAAUGCCAUUUCCUGAUCUCACUACAAUCACAUCAAUCUACGACCGUGCGUUUAUUGAAGAAGAACACACAUAUUUAAGAAGUCUUAUUCCAAGUCUUGCAUAUUUAAUGAUUAUAUGUGCUGGUCUUACCUCAAUCUCAAUUGCUAUCUACACAUCGUCUCGUUUGUUAAAACGUCAUCCAAAUUUCGUCAUGUGUUUGGUUGCUAUGUUCAAUGCAAUUGCUUGUCUAUUGUGUCCAAAUUAUAUCAUCAGUCGAAUGCUUGAUAUGCGAUGGGUUGGCGUUUUAAUUAUUUGUGCACUUGUCUUCGAUCUUAUCAGCAUUGUGUGGGUGUAUGGAAUAAAAGAUUUGGCAGUUGAUUUGGAAUUUUCCGUUGGACGACGAAUUAUGAAGGUUUGGUUGCUUUUAUGGAUUUUAAUUCCACUCAUGCUUGUUGGAAUCAUUGCUUGGUGGAUAGCAAUGCCAUCAACUUUAUCUUACGAUCCAAUCAUUGAUAUGAUGCCACGAUGGAUUCUUCUUAUUGUUAGCUUCGUGAUAAUCCUUUUAUUUGCUGGACAUGAAGCUUCAAAACAAGUUGAUUAUAAUACUUGCAAUAUGAUUUUAGAGUCGACGAGAGCAAGUAAAGAUUGGGGGCCAGCAGAUCCUUUAGUUCGUCAUGCAUGGAAACAAUGGAAGUCAGUUUGUGAUGACACCGGACAACGAGACUUUACUCUAAAACGACGUGGAACUAAAGACUGGACAAACUCAAUUAAGAAAGGACAAUAUUCACAUGCCAGUAAUAAAAAUAAAUAUGUUGUGAAUGGAAAGGUUGAACCAACGACAAUCACUGGUGGUUCGAACUCUCCCAAUUAUAGUGGAUCGGUUUUUGGUGAUUCAGCGAUUGAAGAAGACAUGAACAGUGAAAGAUAUGCUUCGAAUCAUUUGGGGGCUUUUGCAAGUCAUGAGUCAAGAAAGUCUUCGACACAAAGAUCUUCAAAUGCAAGUCAACAAUCUUUUAUGUAUCAUCAGCAACAAUAUGAGUUUGAACCUGAAGAUGAAUCUGAUAUUACAAAUAAUUAUCAUUGUCAAAAGAUUCCAAUUCGUAUAUCAAAUCCAGUUCAAAGACAAAACAAUUAUUUAUCAACGAUUGAAGUUAUUCCACCGACAACGCACACAAUACAAUCAACAUUCAUGCCAAAAAAUCCUUUGACAUAUCAUGAGCAUGAUGAAGAUUUCACUGGCGCAUUUCACGACAACUUUCGACACAAUCAAAUGCAAAAUAAUGACAUCGAGAAUGGAAGAAUUCAAAUUGGAAAUGGCGACACACAAUUAGUUCAUAACAUUAUGAUAAAUGAUUGUAGUGAAGGUAGUGGAAGCACUAAAACAACAAACACUGCAACGACAAAUGGACAACGUGAACUUUAUAAUUGGAGACGAUUGCCGAGAGAUCCAAAUGAAUUUUCAACUGAGUUGUAGAUGAGUAAUUAAAUUUCCUUUUUACUUCAAUUUCUUUUUAAAGUUUCAUUUUGUUUUCAAUGAAAACUCUCUACGAGAAAACUGAAGAAAAGAAAACAAACAUUCCAUUAAAUAAAUAAUUAAUAACUGAAAAUGUAGUCAAUGAAACUUUAUGUAUAAUUAAUUAAUAACUAAAUGGAAGAGAAGAAGUCUUCAUAGAAAAUCUUUCAUUUACAAUUAAAAAGCUUAAAAAAACUUAUCAGGUCAUGUUGUACUUAAGAUUUAAAGUCAAGAAAUAAAAUAAAUGUUUUAAAAGAAUAAAAACAAAUGCUUUUCGAAAUAAUCUUUAAAACGUAAGAUGAGAAUUGCUACAAUCCAAGUCUACUGAG